AUGGCAUCGCAGCCGCAGAAGGCCGCCGCUCACGGCUUCUCUGAUUCGCCUUCCAAUACUAGGACAGAACCUUCGCUAAACGACCGCUUUUUUCGAUAUUUCCAACAGGAGAUUAUCGCACUGCAGGGGCAGAUGGGGCGUCUUGCUGAUACCUCCACGGCUGGAGGAGAAAGCAAAGAUGCGAUCGACCACUGUCUCGCUGGAAUUGCGAGGUUGUCGAGUGAAGUGCAAGAUGCAUCUAGCUACCUACCUCCCUAUGACCAACGGGUCUAUGCUGAAGCUAUCAAAGCUCUGCAGGAGAAACUUGCAGAGACGAGGGCAGCUAUCGCUCCUCGACAAAAGUUCUCCUUCAAGACCGCCCGCAAGAAUCGUUCUGCGGUAUCUCUCGCUGACGUGGCUGAGCUUGAUGCUGCGGGCCGUCGGCAUAUUCCCGGUUACCAAUCCGGGGGGUCAUCUGCAGAGUCGUCUGUGACCCCGAAUCCAGUUCAGUCUUCUUUGGGGAGUGAUAACUGCAAAGUUGAAUCAUCUAAUAUUGAUGCCGGCGGCAAAGCAUCUACUCCGUCAGAACCUCGUCGACGGAUAGAGGACGGGCAUUUUAUGCCAAAAGAAGGAAUCAAACCAAUAGUAGUUCAUUCUAAGUCUAAUGCUCUCUAUGUCUUGCCUGCAAUCACAGCUCAACCGACUAUUCCUGCUUCAAUUACCUCCAUACGGAGCUCUCUGGUCGAUAUGACCACAGGGCAGCCAUUUGCUGUGAUUUCUUUGAGAGAUGUCACAUCCAGCUUGAUUCUAUGUGGGGAAAUCAAUGGCGCGGCACAUGUCACAGGAGUAAGAAAUUCUGUGAUUUUAGUAUCUUGUCAUCAGUUCAGAAUGCAUGAUUGCGCCGAUGUUGAUGUGUAUCUUGGCUGUUCGAGCACUCCUAUCAUCGAAGGAUGCAAUGAUAUCCGCUUCACUCACAUGCCAGCGCCCUGUCUUUCAACAGGAAACCAGCUUACCUCCAGAGACGCUUGGGCCCACGUCGACGAUUUUUCCUGGCUAAAAUACGAGCGAAGCCCGAACUGGAGGAUGUUGGAUGAAGCCGAACUCCUACCCGAUAGUGUCUGGUCAAGAAUCUACCACUAUGAAACCAAUUGGCCGCUGGAAAAGAUUUUGAAAAUCUCGCGGCGACUUCCUGACGAUGCUUUGGGAUAG